AUGUCUCCAUCUAUUGAUGAAAAGUCGGAUCGUGUGACCAAUGGUCAGGCUAAAAUUUCAGGCCCCUUUCCCAUUUCUGGGGAUAUUAUGACCCUGGAAGGAUCAUUUUAUGCUUCUGCUCAGUUAUUGAUCCAGCAGAUUGCUUACUCUCUAUCUGAGAGUAUCUUCAGCUAUUCUCCUGAGGACUUUGAUCUGGACUCUGCUGUUUCUGAAUGGUCGAAAUUCGGACAGAAGUCGGCCAAGGGUAUCACUCCUCAGUUGCACAAACUCGAGUCUAGAAUUGGUGCUGCUUCGGUGUUAUUGGGUUAUCUUUAUAACCGAGGAGGUAUCAACUCGGAGGUUCAAACUGUUUUGGCUUCUUCCGCUACCCUUGAGUAUAUGAAGCCAGUCUUGGCUCAGUUUGCUUUGGAGGAGGAUUACAAGACCCCUCUUGUUUUCCAAAUAGCUGCUGUCGAUUAUGCUACUGAGACCGGUAAGCUCGUUACCGACUAUCUUCCCGCAGCCCACAUUUCCAGAGAUCUUGGUCUCGGUUUGAUCUCAUCUCUUUCCGUCAACGAUGCCCAACAUAUUGCUCUAUUGGCAACUGCCUUGAGCAGAGUCCUGCCUACUAUUCAUGUUUAUGAGGGUGUCCGUGGAGUCCGUGAAACUAGUCGUACCAACAAUGUUCUGGAUGCUGUUGAUGUCUCAAACAAAUACGAUGCUAUUAAGGCUAGCGAGGGAUCUCUCUCUUCAAAGAUCUUGUCUACUUUCGAAAACUUGAAUGCUAGUCUUGGUACUAGCUAUAGACCUUUUGAAUACUCAGGAGAUGCUAAUGCCGAGACUGUUAUUGUUAGCUUCGGUUCCGUUGAGGGAGUUAUUGCUUCCCAGGUUGUACAAGCUCUUCCAAAUGUUGGUGCUGUUAAUGUGCGUUUGUACAGCCCCUUCCUUGACCAAGAGUUCUUGAGAUUACUUCCUAGCAGUACUAAGAAGAUUAUCGUUCUCGGUCAAGUUGAGAACCAGGGACAGGUUGAUGACUCUCGUGUGCACUCUGGGCUUUACUCUGACGUUGCCACUAGCGUUCUUAUGAAGUAUGGCUUUAAUGGUUCAGCCCCUACUGUUGCUGAUGCCAAAUACUCGCGUGAGACUGUGUGGACUCCUACUGAAGUAUUUGAGCUUUUGAACAGUUCGCCUUCUGACCUUAUCUCUGAGUCUACCAAGCAGUUCACUUUCUGGGAUGUUGAUACUUCCAAGUCUGCAACUGCAGCUGCUACAUUGGCUCAUACUUUGUCUUUGGAUCCUACUGUAGCCGUGAAUUAUUUCUCUGCCCAUGACAACGAGACCUUAGGUGGCGUUGUUGAGAGUAGUAUCCGCGUUUCUCACCAGCCUCUGGAAGCUCCCUACCCUGUUCAAAAGGCUGACGUUGUAUUCGUUAACGAUGUAAAGAUUUUGAACGAGUAUAAUGUUCUUGAGAACGCCCGUAAUGGUGCCACUCUCUUGAUUUCCAGUAAGCACGCAGCAGAAGAAGUUGAGAAAGUUCUGAACAAUGCUGCCAAGAAGUCUAUUGCUGAAAAGAAGGUUCGAUUAUCCACUGUUGACUACGAAGCUAUUGGAGAAAAUCCUGAAACUCUUGGCCGUACCCAGACUAUGGUUCAGCAGAUUGCUUUCUGGAAGACUGCCUAUCCUCAGCUCACUCUUAAUGAGAUUACAACUAAGAUUGUUACAGCCAAUGGCGUCGAUACUGAACUUGUGGCUGCGACUGUUGCUAGCUUAAUUGAGAAGGUAGCUGAAAUCGGAUUGUCUUCUGCCAGUGUUCCUGAGGAGUGGGCUAAAGUUGACCAGACUGUUGAGCUUAGUUCGUCAUUCGUCUACCCUACUUCAUUCACUGCCAACAAGUUGGCAGGUACUAUUGAACAAGAGUUGAAUGUUGUACCAGAAUCCCUCACUUGGGUUGAUGCUGCCAAGAAGGUCACUUUCAAGGAAGCAUAUGGAGUUCAAUCCGAGCUUCGUCCUGACCUCUCUGUCAAGAAUUUUGUUUCCAAGGUUCAAGUCAAUGAGCGUGUCACUCCCGCCGACUAUGAUAGACAUAUCUUCCACCUGGAACUGGAUAUUACUGGCACUGGCUUAACCUACGCUAUUGGCGAAGCUCUAGGUGUUCAUGCCCCCAACAGCACUGAGCAAGUUAAUGAGUUUAUUGAAUGGUAUGGAUUGGACCCCCAUGAAAUUGUUUCUAUUCCAGCUCGCGAAGAUGGUGAUGUUUACGAAGAGGCAAAGACUACCUACCAUGUUCUUAAGGAUAAUCUUGAUAUUUUUGGUAAACCACCAAAGAAGUUUUAUGAGUCUCUUGCUACCUAUGCCACCAAUCCCAAGGAAAAGAGCCAUCUUGAAAAGCUGGCUUCCGCUGAAGGUGCUGCUGAACUCAAGAAGCGUGCUGAAGAAGAUUUCGAUACUUACGCUGAUAUCUUGCAUGAAUUCUCUUCGGCUCACCCAACCAUUGCCCAACUUGUUGAGAUAGUUGCCCCCUUGAAGCGUCGUGAGUAUUCAAUUGCUUCUUCCCAAAAGGUUCACCCCAAUGCUGUUCAUCUGUUGAUUGUGGUUGUGGACUGGGUUGACUCGAGAGGACGUAAGAGAUUCGGUCAAUGUUCUAAGUUCCUUUCUGGCCUCUCUGCUGGUGAUGAAGUGGUUGUAUCUGUUAAGCCUUCUGUUAUGAAAUUACCACAUGAUACCAAGGCACCUAUCAUUAUGUCUGGUCUUGGUACUGGUCUUGCUCCUUUCAAGGCAUUUUUGGAGGAGAAGGCUUGGCAAAAGGCUCAGGGUUAUGAAAUUGGUGAUAUCUACCUCUUUUUGGGAUCUCGUCACCAGCGUCAAGAAUACCUUUAUGGUGAGCUGUUCGAAGCUUACAAGAACGCUGGUAUCCUCACGUAUAUUGGUGCUGCUUUCUCAAGAGACCAACCUCAAAAGAUUUACAUCCAAGAUCGUAUUAAGCAAGCCAAAGAAAAGCUCAUUGAUGCUUUCGUCACUAAAGGCGGUAGCUUCUAUCUCUGUGGCCCUACUUGGCCAGUUCCUGAUAUCUCAGGUGCAUUGGCUGAUAUUGUUGCUACAGAAGCUGCUACCCGUGGUGAGACUAUCGACGCUGCCAGAGAAAUCGAAAAUCUCAAGGAACAGGAGAGAUAUAUCUUGGAGGUUUAUUAA